AUGAUAGAAGACAUUGCGAUCGAUCAACAUUAUCAUGUUUUCAAGAAUAAUCACAGGAAGCUGAGCCAGGACAUGAUGGGCGAAUUCAACAGACUACGGCUCCCAGUGCAAGCUCGUACGAAUUACCAGAAUAACAACAACUCAACAGGAAGUACUGGCCCAGCCAACACCCAGAAUGAAGCAAGUGCUAACAUGCAACAUAGUGAUAUGCACCAACCCCAUGACAGUCGCGAAGCCUGCCUGAACAAAGGAAUCGGGACUCUAUGGCAUUAUGUCUAUGGCAGUAUGGCAAGAGUAUGA